CAUGGCACUACUCCCGACAUCAGCGGUUUUGUUCAUGUUAAUGAUUUGUCAACAAGGAAGCACUAAUCUCGUCAUCUACCCGCAUGCGAAUGGACCACCAGCCUCCAACCACUUCACCAUUUUCCUGAGCCAAGGUGGAAACAAGCACAAAAGUUUCACCUAUAUCUCCACCUCGGAUCACCGCACGCACGACGCUAGUUCUGUCAAGCCACACAGGUCCGUCUCCUGGACGUCUUUUGCUUUUACCGGUUCUCCAGUCACCGUCGAGGUUCACACUCAGUCAGAUUUCCACAACUGCUUGGUUAGGCCCAUGAGCUACGGUUUUCAUUGUAGGCGAACCGGGCCUAAGGUUGCCCAAUUCACCGUCCAACACAACACCCGUAUGAUGUCCGUGGAAUUCGACAACGACCAAACUAACAACCACAAGGACAUCACCAACAAACUGGUGGUUUUCGCGGACCCACCGGAAACCAAUAUCCCUUCAAAACACGACGCAAGCGUUCUCUUCUAUGACGUCGGUUUGCAUAAUUUAAACGGACAAAAACUCCUGGACUCUCACAUCAAGGAGGUGUAUUUGGCCCCAGGGGCCUUCGUUCAAGGAGGAUUCCGGACCUCUGGGGGUUCGGUAAAAAUCAGAGGCCGAGGAAUCAUGUCCGGGACAAUAUACAAGUUCCACGACAAGAGGUUUUUGUGGGGUAUGAUCAACCUAGACAAAGGAUCGCAUCACGUGGUAGAAGGUAUCACCCUGGUGGACUCACCUCAGUUCUUUUAUCGGGGCCUCAGUGACAACAAUGUGGUGAGGAACUUGAAGACAUUGGCGCCGUGGACGUACAACUCUGAUGGAGUGGGAAUCGGACAUGACGGCUUGGUAGAGGACAGUUUCUUCAUGGCUAACGACGAUUCGAUCAAGGUAUAUACGGAUAACAUGGUGGUCCGUCGCUGUGUGGUUUGGCAAGCUCAGAAUGGGGCCGUGUUUCAGACGGGCUGGUGGACCGGAAGAGACAUGCAAAAGGUCCGCAUCAGCGACAUCGACGUCAUUCACACUGACUGGUGUACAUUCAAGGGAGACAACUGCCACAUCAGCGACAAUGACGCCGUUUUGGACCAGGCAGGAGACACAAAACAUUUCAAAACUACCGACAUCUCCUUCGAGAACAUCAGAAUCGAAGGAUCUUGCCCUCGGAUCAUCAAUUUCAAGAUGCACCCAGGCGCCACAGGGACCGUCUCAAAUGUUCGCUUCACGAACUGGGACGUGGAAUCUCAGCCGACUCAUGACUCACUCCAUAACGAGAUAGCAGGCAGCUCUUCGGGCGGUCAAGUGACGAACUGGCACUUUACCAAUUUCAAGAUCGGCGGCCAUUGUGUGCACAACCCUACUUCGGAAGACUUCAAAAUUGACCCCCACACCACCAGUGACAUACACUUCACUUGCCACUAAAGAGAACAAUGAAUUAAUA